AUGCCCGCCGCCGCGUCACCCUCUGCCAAGUGGACGCCCGAGCACGACACCGCCCUGCUCCGCGCUGUCGUGGCCACCGUCCUCGCCAACCGUCGCAACAUCUACGCCACGACCGGCCUCGAGGAUGUUGCUGGUAACGGCGGCAGUCGUAUCAACCAGAAGAUCCAGCAAAUGCUCAAGAAGCUCGCUGCCGCCCAGGGCCGACCCGACAUUGUCGAUGACGAGGUCGCUGCCAACAGCACCGCUCGUGGUGGCGGCGCCGGCGGAGCGCCUAAGAAGGUCAAGAAGGAGAAGAACGCCGGAGGCCCCAGCAAGAAGCGCAAGGUCAAGGUCGAAGACUCGGACGACGACAUCAAGGUCAAGGUCUCGGACGACGACGAGUGA